ACCACUCAACUUCAUUUAUACCUUGUCCUAUCUUGUAGCUCCUCUCACUUAUUUCUCAAUCUCAAAUCCCAACAUCUCCUCCCUUCAAAUGAUCCUUAAAUCCCUAAAGAAAAAUCCAGAAUUUGCUCUCCCUCUUCCUAUCUAUUUAAUUUUCUCAGAUAUAUGUCAUGGUUCUUUGUAUAACCUACAACUAACACAAGAAACAACUAGCUAGAAAAGAAGGAAAAAGAAAAAGACCUUGAGAACAACAAAGAAGAAGAGGAGAAAAGGGGUGAAAUUAAAUUUUUUGACUGUCGAAGUCUGAAUUGUGCCACGUACAGCACUGUGCCACACAAAUUGAAACGGAAGAAGUAACAAGCUAGGAUAUAUGGAACUAUUCUCAGCACAACCAGACUUAUCCCUAAAAAUUAGCCCACCAAACAUCAAGCCCUCCUCAUCUUCAACUAAUUGGAAGAGGAAAACUACAAGUAGUAUUGAAGACGAGAAUUUGGAUUUAGGGUUUUGGAAAAGAGCUAUGGUGGAAUCAACAAAUUCUAUGUUGAAUAAUAAUAGUAACACUUGUUCUUGUUUUGAGCUUUCUUUAUCCAAUAAUCCAACUAAACCUAAUAAUUAUUCUUGUGACCCUAAUUCUUCACAUCAUCUCCAAAAUUACAUUUUGCAACAAAAUCAAAGGAUAAUAACCACCCGAGAGCUUGGUUUCUUGAUGCAACCUAUUAGAGGAAUUCCAGUGUACCAUCAAAAGCCCUUUGAUAAUACCAUUACUACAUUUCCUAUACCGUCUUCUUCUAAUUGUUCUAUUCUUAACAAUAUUAAUAACAACAACACAAUUAGUUCUUGUGACUCUACUAGUCCUAAUUUUCAACAAGGUGGGUUUCUGAGAUCAAGAUUUUAUUCAAGAUUUCCAGGCAAACGGAGCACGAGGGCUCCCAGAAUGCGAUGGACAAGUACUCUCCAUGCUCGUUUUGUUCACGCUGUUGAGCUCUUAGGUGGACAUGAAAGAGCAACACCAAAGUCAGUUCUUGAGCUUAUGGAUGUCAAAGAUCUCACUUUAGCACAUGUCAAAUCCCAUUUACAGAUGUACCGGACAGUGAAGACAACUGAUAGAGCAGCUUCUUCAGGCCAAUCAGAUACAUCAGAGGAAUUGAUUGUUGAAACUGAAGAAUAUUUAAGAAAGUCUGAAAUAACAAUUCAACAAGGUAGACGGAAUAUUCAUCAAAAUAAUGAUUUUCAGGGCCUUAUUUGGAGUAACAAUUCUUCAAGGUGAACAUCUAUAUGCUACUUCGCUCCGAAAAAGGCUUUUAUUCAUCUGUAUAACAUGACUUAUAUACUCGUGUUGGAUUUGUUUAAUAAGUUUAUAACUAAAAAGGUUUAUAACUAAAAAGGUCCUUAGUGUCAAAGUGAUGCCCCAUAUAUAUAUGGGAAUUUUUUGUGUGAAAAGCAAAGAGGCGUUAGCUGGUUGCUGGUGUAAAGAAUUUUUAAAAUAUUUUGAUAGUAUAUUAUUUAACAUGUUAUAAAUUAUGCUCUAACUAAAUGUUGUUUAGUUUAUUUUUCUAGUUAUCAUACUGUUAUAUAUGUUUGUCAUAAACAAUUAUGGUCUGUUGUUAUAGACUUAUAGUUAGCUUAAUUGAUAGUGUAAAACGAAUUUAAUUUUUUAUUUUUUUUUUAACAAUGUCAUUUUUGUAGUUAAUGUGCCUUAAUUCUUCACAUGAGUGGGUACAACUUCUGAUUCUAUCAGCACAAAAAGAUAUAAUGAGUGAAAGUAAGAGAAAGGUAAAGAAAGGAUAGAAAAGUUAUAAAAAUAAGACUGUAAAUUAAAAAGGAUUGCUUUCUUAGAAUUUGGUAAAGAAAAGAUAGAAAAGCUUUAAAAAUAAGACUGUAAAUUAAAAAGGAUUGCUUUCUUAGAAUUUGGUAAAGAAAAGCUAUAAAAAAAAGACUGUAAAUUUAAAAAGAUUGCUUUCUUAGAAUUUGCUACUUUUUCUUCUUCUUGUGCAUACAUGCAUGGCGUCCACUGAUAGAAAAAAUUAAAGUUAUUCUCUUUAGGCUCCGUCACAAUUUUAACUAGCAUAGUUUUGAGAAAAAGCUAAGUUUAUGAAAUAAAGGAUAUCAAUUGUGAAUCUAGUGGUCUUAAACUAAGGAUACAUGUAAUUCUUUAAAUCUAGUAGCAUUAAACUUGUCUUGUUGAAUGUUGGAAUUGAAAAAAACUUGCUAAACAUAUAAGGAGAUACUCUUUUCGGGGGCAUACUAAGAAAAGUAAGAGGGUCUUUGGAAGAGAUUAUAAGUUGGUCAAAAUGGCUUAAAAGUCAUUUUGACCUUUUAUGAGUGUUUGACAAUUUUGAAAAUUGCUUUAAAAAAGUCGAUUUUGGCUUACAAAAAGCUAAAAACAAAAAAGUUCGUAUUUGCUACUUAUUUUUUUCUAGCUUAUAAUCUAUUCACAAUUGAUCAAGUAAAUGACCUUUUUACCUUUAUAAUUUUCACUUAUUCCAUGACAAAGUGAAAAAAUACUUUUAAAUGCUUAUUUACAUAACUUUCUCUUAGCUCUAUAUUCGAUUCUUUUAUUUGAUUUUCUCAUAUUUCGAUUCACUUUUUGAUUUUGAAAAAGUAUAUACCAAAUAUUAAAUCGACUUAAUUUGGUUCAAUAUUUUUAAAAUGAUUUUUUCGGUGCAAAUGAAAAAUGUAUUAAGCUAUUUGUCACUCAUCUAACUUUUCUUUUAUCUCUUGUUACAACUUUUGAACAUUUCUUUCUAAGAUUCUUGCGUCUCAGAAACUCGGAUAUUGCCCUAUUCUUCAUCUCCAAGAAACGAUUAUUAGACAAACAUGUGUGUAUUUUUUUUUAUUUUUUUUGUGAUGGAUAGUUCGGAGAAUGCUUCUUCACCAACAAGUUCGAGUUCUGGAGUAGAACUCACAACACUCGGUUGCAAUUUUGGAAUAAGUAUAUAGCUAGAAAGGCAAAAUUACAAAAUUAAUAUACAACUAGAAAGGCAAAAAUAGCUUGUAUUUCAAAAUUGCACACUUUUAUUUUUCUAAAAAAUAACCAGCCGCUACCUCUCAAUCUUCACAUUUCUCUUACUCAUCUUUACUAAUUUCAAACUCUAAUUUACAUAAAUACUUAUAACGUUUGGAUAGAUGUGUCAUUUUCUACUACUAUUAUAUAAUGUCAAAUAUAUAAUAUUUCACCAUUAUAUCACGAUAAAUUCAACAAUGCAAUAUAAGAAAAUUAAAAUAAUAUUUGAAAUAAAUAUUAUUAACAUAACCAUGAAGAAACAAAUAAUCUUUUAAUUGCACCUUAAUGAUACGAAAUCUUAACAUAACCAUGCAGAAACAAAUAAUCUUUUAAUUGCACCUUAAUGAUACGAAAUCUUAACAUAACCAUGAAGAAACAAAUAAUCUUUUAAUAUAUAACUAUUUUUUUCAAACACAAACAUUCAACACUUAAACUCUUAAAAAAAAAAAAAAAAAAAUU